AUGAAGGAGAGGCAGCGUUGGAGAUCUGAAGAGGACGCCUUGCUACGUUCUUACGUCAAGCAGUAUGGCCCAAGGGAAUGGAACCUCAUCUCCCACCGCAUGAACACACCGCUAAACCGCGACGCCAAAUCCUGCUUGGAAAGGUGGAAGAACUACCUCAAACCAGGGAUCAAGAAGGGAUCGCUCACCGAACAAGAGCAGCGCCUCGUCAUCAAGCUCCAGGCCAAGUACGGCAACAAGUGGAAGAAAAUCGCUGCUGAAGUGCCCGGAAGGACAGCCAAGCGAUUGGGGAAGUGGUGGGAGGUUUUCAAGGAGAAGCAGCAGAGGGAGAAGAAGGAAACCAACAAGACCGUCGAGCCUGUCGACGAGACCAAGUACGAUCGAAUCCUCGAGAACUUCGCCGAGAAGCUUGUGAACAAGGAAAGAAUCACUAGUAUGCAACAACCACCUCCUUCAGCAGCAGGGUUCGUCACCAUGGCAACUGCAAAUGGUGGCAGCAGCAGCAGCAGCAGCUAUCCUGCUCCACCAGCAGCAGCUGUCAUGCAGCAGCUGCCGCCGUGGCUAUCAUCGAGCUCCAAUGGCGUUGGGACAGCUGGAGUAAUAAGACCACCAGCCUCCCCAUCCGUAACACUGAGCCUCUCUAGCUCCACCAUGGCACCUGCACCAUCUGUACCGUGGCUUCAUCCUGCUGCUGACCAGAGAGCGCAGGAUAACACUGCACAGAAUCUCGUUUACAGCGUAAUGCCUCCACCACAGCCGCCGCUGCCUCAUGAGAGCAUGGUGAUAAAUGAGUUGGUGGAAUGUUGCAGAGAGGUGGAAGAAGGGCAUAGGGCAUGGGCGGCGCACAAGAAGGAAGCUGCUUGGAGGCUGAGCAGGGUGGAGUUGCAGCUGGAGUCGGAGAAGUGCUGUAGAAUGAGGGAGAAGACGGAGGAGAUUGAGGCGAAGAUCAAGGCUUUGAGGGAAGAACAGAAGGCUGCAGUCGAUGCGAUCGAGGCUGAAUAUAGGGAUCAGUUGGCUGGGUUGAGAAGGGAUGCUGAAGCUAAGGAGCAGAAAUUGGCCGACCAGUGGGCUGCUAAACAUGGGAGGCUUACCUGUUUUCUAGAGCAGAUGGGUUGCAGCAGAGCCAGGCUCCCCGACCCAAGCGCUCGCUGA